AUUCCGCCAUCAGGCUCCAACACCGUCUUGAUCCUCCACAGUUCCUUUCCUUACUUUACAACGUAAAAUAAACCAAACAGAGUCCACAUUUUCUGAACUCUGUUUCUUCAUUUUUCCCUUUCUUGCCAAAAGACAGAGGAGAGGCAGCGUUGGAGAUAACGAUGCAAAGAUUUAUUCCAGCAAGGAGGGUGUUGUCGGAAACCAAAUAUUCUCUGCGGUGGCAAGGACGACGCUGCUUCUCUCAGGUGGUUCAAAAGGAGGCUGAUAACAACGAUGUGGUUGUUCCCAAAAUGCCCCCCUUUGAUUACUCUCCGCCUCUUUACACCGGUCCUUCCGCUGAGGAGAUCCUUUCUAAACGCAAGCAGUAUCUCAGCCCCUCCUUGUUUCACUUUUACAACAAACCCCUGAACGUAGUCGAUGGGAGGAUGCAGUAUUUGUUCGAUGAGACGGGUCGAAGAUACCUAGACGCAUUUGGAGGGAUUGCUACGGUGUGUUGCGGUCACUGUCAUCCCGAUGUGGUCGACUCGAUUGUCAACCAAACCAAGCGUUUGCAGCACUCCACUGUCCUCUACCUCAACCAUGCCAUCGCCGAUUUCGCUGAGGCCCUUGCCUCCAAGUUGCCCGGCAAUCUUAAGGUGGUAUUCUUUACAAAUUCAGGUACAGAAGCAAAUGAGUUGGCAAUGAUGAUAGCAAGAUUAUAUACUGGAUGCCAUGACAUAAUAUCAUUGAGGAACGCAUAUCACGGGAAUGCAGCAGGGACCAUGGGAGCCACUGCCCAAAGUAACUGGAAGUUCAACAUUAUACAAAGUGGAGUUCAUCAUGCCUUGAACCCAGAUCCAUACCGAGGUGACUUUGGUUCUGAAGGAGAGAAAUAUGCUAAAGAUGUUCAAGAUCUUAUUCAGUUUGGAACUUCUGGUAACGUUGCUGGUUUCAUUUCUGAAGCUAUACAGGGAGUUGGUGGAAUUAUAGAAUUGGCCCCAGGUUACUUGCCUGCUGUUUAUAGCACCAUAAAGAAAGCUGGAGGUCUUUGUAUUGCUGAUGAGGUUCAGGCUGGGUUUGCUCGCACAGGGAGCCAUUUCUGGGCAUUUGAGGGACAUGGCGUUGUUCCUGACAUAGUAACAAUGGCAAAGGGCAUAGGAAAUGGUAUUCCUCUUGGUGCUGUUGUAACCACCCCUGAGAUUGCAGAAGUCUUGACCCGCCGAUGUUACUUCAAUACCUUCGGUGGGAAUCCUGUAUGUACUGCCGCUGGGUUGGCCGUCCUGAACGUAAUAGAGAAAGAAAAGCUCCAGGAGAAUGCAUUUGUUGUGGGAUCCUAUCUGAAAGAGAGGCUAACUGCACUAAAAGAUAAAUAUGAUCUUAUUGGGGAUGUGAGGGGAAGAGGAUUGAUGCUUGGAGUUGAACUUGUCACUGAUCACAAACUUAAGACACCUGCAAAGCUUGAAACUCUUCAUGUUAUGGACCGGAUGAAAGAAAUUGGAGUGUUGGUUGGGAAAGGUGGAUUCUAUGGGAAUGUAUUUAGAAUUACCCCUCCCCUCUGCUUUACUAAGGAAGAUGCAGAUUUCCUUGUAGAUGCAAUGGACUACACAUUGGCGAAGAUGUAAAGCCUCUAGUUUAAAUGUGGAUUCUGUGCCAUCAUUCACAAGUUGGUUUAAUUAGUGCUGUAUCAUAACAUCCCUACUGUGAGUGAAAAAUAUCAAUGCACGUAGAUUUCCGCUUAAAUAAGUUCCCAGACUUGCUAUGACUUGAUAAGCGAUGAGUCAACAACUCGUUGUCUCUGGGUUGAUGAGUCAACAACUCGUUGUCUCUUGUUCAAACUCUCCAAGUUUUACUUAAACUAGUUGCAGUUAGAAUAAAGUUGUAAUAUGGGUAAACUUUCCCCUUUCCCUCCCCAUUUGAUUCUGGUGUUGUACCAUGGCAUAAACUAUCCUAGAUUUGGAUUUGAGUAAAAGAGUAGAAACGGCUUAUGAUUCAA